AUGACUCUCGCAACUUCCUCUCAGCGCUCCCAAAUCAUUCGCUCCAAGUUCAGAUCUGUCCUCCAGCUUCGGAUCCACAGACGGUAUCAGGACCCAAGCCUCUCAGGGUCCUUCAGUGCCUCUCCAGUCUUGGAUCCAGAUCCGUGGGUCUCAGCCACAGACCCUGCUCUGGCUCCCAGAGCAUCGGCCCCAGUCUCGCCCUUGGGCCCCACCCCUUUCCUCUUCAGCCCUGGAGACCUGCUCCAUGAAUCAGAAUACCACCCUUGGAGCUCUCUGAAGGACUCUCCCAAGAUCUCCCAACAUUGGAGAGAGCCCAAGCCAAAGGGGAACUUGACCUACCACCAGUACAUGCCCCCAGGGUGGAGACAAGGGUCCAGGGUAGACUCCCAGGCCAAAGGGUUGGCCUUGGGUCCCCCUGGACCACCUCUGUGGGAAGGGACAAACUCACAGCAGCCACCUCCCAGGAUGAAGCCCACUGCCCUCACUUCCUCCCCACCUGGAGUCCCCAGCCCCUCGCCCCCUCCACACAAGUUGGAACUUCAGACCCUUAAGCUGGAGGAGCUGACGGUCUCAGAGCUCCGGCAGCAGCUGCGCCUGCGGGGCCUCCCGGUGUCGGGGACUAAGUCGAUGCUCCUGGAGCGCAUGCGCGGCGGCGCCCUGCCCCGCGAGCGGCCGAAGCCGCGGCGCGAGGACGGUCCCUCGGGUGCUCCCUGGCCGCGCCUCAGGCCCAAGGCUCUGGGAGCCGUCCGGCGGCAGGGCUCGCUCAAGCCGAGCCCAAACUCUCACCCUCCGCCUCGGGCACGUGCCUCGGACACCCCUGCUACUGCUGCGGUCCCGACCCCGGCUUCCGCUCCGGCUGCGGCUCCAGCACCGACUCCUUCCUCAGCACUGCCCACAGCGGCCCUGACUGUGGAGGAGGAACUGCAGGAAGCCAUCCGCAGGGCGCAGUUGCUUCCGAACCGGGGCAUUGAUGACAUCCUGGAGGAUCAGGUGGAGCCUGAGGACCCGCUGCCCCUCAUCCCCCUGGACUUCCCCGGCUCCUUCGACGUGCUGUCCCCCUCCCCGGACUCUGAAGGCCUCUCCUCUGUCUUCUCUUCCUCGCUACCGUCCCCCACAAACUCCCCGUCCCCCUCUCCCAGGGGCCCCACAGACUCCUUGGACUGGCUGGAGUCUCUGAGUGGAGGUCCCCUGCUAGGCUGUGGUCCCCCAGCCCCCAGCAUCUUCUCUGCUGACUUAUCUGACUCCAGUGGAACCCGGCUGUGGGACCUGCUGGAGGAUCCAUGGUGAUGGAUGCUGGGGUUUCCAGGGACGGAAACUGGUGGGGAUGGGAAGGUCACCGAGACAAACUCCCAAAGGACGGGGUGGGACAACCGGCAGAGCCCCUCCCACCACAGACACGGAAUCAGAGAGGACUCUCAUCCCCCCC